AUGGUCUCGUCAAACCACGAGGCUUGGGCAUCUCGUCUUGUUGAAGCUGAGUUCGCUCUUAACUCUUCUGUUGCUGUGUCCACGUCGCUGUCGGCUUUUGAGGCAACCUACGGCUACCUUCCUCGACGUUGGCCCUCGGAUUCCUGGUCUGUCUCGGACGUCCCUCGUGCGGAAGCGUUUGCUCGGAUCCGACAAUUACGGAACCUUGACGUGACGGAUGCGAUCAUUGGAGCACGCCUCAACCAGUCCCAUCAGGCCAACAAGCAUCGACGCCCAGACGACCCCGCCUUUCGGACCGGCAGUUACGUCUAUCUUUCGACAAAGAACCUGGCAGUUCCUGACGGCAUGAAGUCGAAGUUGUUGCCGCGCUACAUCGGCCCCUUCCGUAUCCGAGCGGCCAUCCCUGCGACGUCCAGCUACGACCUCGAGCUCCCUCCAGCGAUGUCGCGAGUGCACAAUCGUUUCCAUGCUCGACUGCUUCGGCCUUGCGUUGAGAAUGAUGCUGAAAGGUUUCCUGGGCGUGACCCCGCAGUUCUUUUUGUCGAAGACGUAGCCGACGCAGCCGACAAUUCUGCGAUUCCGGAACGGAUUGUUCGCGAUCGGCGGAACGCUCGGGGCGCUCGUUCGUUCUUGGUUCGAUGGGUAGGCCGUAACGACACCGACGAUACUUGGAUGUCAGAGCAGUCCAUUCGCCUUGACCAUCCGUCCGUCCUCGACGCCUACCUCGCGCGCCUCGAUCGCUCGAACCGCCGCCUCGCCGCACGGUAGACUUCCUUCUGGGGGGGACAGUGUCAGGAUGACAGCGUGUACUCGAAGGAAGCCCCCCAAGGCUAUGUGCGGGUAGAGUUGACUUGACCAGAGGCUUGCCUCGUUUCACAGCAUCGUCGGUGCGAUGGCGUAGUCGUGAGGCGCGCAGGCGCGCACUCGGUGGUCGCGGGUUCGAGGCGCCCAGACCGCAGUCUUCUUUCGGUUUGUUUUAUCUUUUGUUAGCCGAGGCGCGGCUUCAGGGUUUUUACCGGUGCUCCCGCGAGCAAUCCUUUUUACCCCUGAGGCGACCUCUUGGAGUGGUUGAUUUGGCUAAGUCCCCUCUGGGCCUGGCACAGUCCCUUCCCUUUAGUUUACCACCUUUCCCUGGGAGCUUGGUCCGCUCUUCUCUUUUGUUGCCCCUCCUCUUCUUGUCGAUCGUUUGGGAAUUAAGUCCGUUACACUUGAUUUCCUGCGAGCCUUUCGACCGACUCCCCUCCUCGGUUGCUCCCUUGUCGACUGCCGCCGCAACAGCCGACACUUCCUGAAAUCCCCCCCGUACCAACGCGUGUAGACGACGUCAUCCCCUCCGACGUCGCUUGUCAGAUCGGCUUCCAGCGGCUGCACCUGCUCCGCUGGCGCGUUCAUCAGCGGUUCGAGCUGGACAACGUCGUGGCCCCUCCCUCGCUUCCCAGUGCGCUCAGAGCGUUCGAGCGAGAUUUUCUCUCUCGAGCGGGUUUUGUGCCUGGGGUUCGAGAUUGGGAGGUGUGA